AUGGAUAUUGGAAGGAGGAACACUCGAAAAUACAAUUUCAGAUGUCCCGGUCUCGUGGAAUUAAGGAAGCUAACAUAUUUUGUGGAUGAUCCUAAGGAUUUCAGAGACCGUUUUGGAGGACUUUUAUCUGUGCUAUCUACUGAUGUUGAGGAUGGUCUUCUCUGUACUUUGGUUGAGUUCUAUGAUCCUAUUUACCGGUGCUUCACUUACCCUGAUUAUCAACUAUUUCCUACCAUGGAGGAGUAUGCUUAUUUUUUGGGUAUAUCUAUUUAUGAUAUAUUUCAUUUUAGUGGGGUGGAAGGAAUUCUUGAAUCUCGAGUUAUUGCCGAAGCCAUUCAUUUGAGGAAGUCUGACAUAAAUGCCAAUCUCACUAUCAAAGGAGGUAUCAAAGGGUUGACUUCAAAGUUUCUACUGGAAAAGACCUUUUCUUUUGCUAAUGCUAAUAACAUGGUGGCAUUUGAGACUGUUCUUGCCUUACUCAUCUAUGGCUUGGUCUUGUUUUCUAACAUUGACAAUUUCAUUGAUGUUAAUGCUAUGAGGAUCUUUUUGAUUAGGAAUCCGGUUCCAACUCUACUCGAAGAUACUUAUUUCUCCAUUUACCAUAGGACUUCAAAAGGGGGUGGAACUAUUGUCUGUUGUAUGCCUUUACUGUAUAAGUGGUUUAUUUCGCACUUGCCACAGUCUCCUAUCUUCACAGAAAACAAGGGUUGUUUAAGGUGGUCUCAAAGACUUUUGUCUCUCACCAAUGACAAAAUUACUUGGUAUCUUCUGUUUACGACGACGUCAAGAUUAUUGACAGUUAUGAGGAGUUCUUUAGUGUGCCUCUUCUUGAAAGGUAUUGUAGACCAGAUCGUAAUAGAGAAGGAUGCUAUGAAAAGCAGCUACGAAAGAGAGAUCAAAAGACUUCGCAAGAAGAGUCAGCUUGGAGUUGGGUCGUCAUCGGACAUGAUUCCAUAG